AUCCGCUAUGCUGGCGCUGCUGACAGUUCAGUUCAGUUUAUCUUCUAUCAGCCUAUCAUUCACCGAUGGAGGGAAACUGAUUUUUUUCCUUGUUCAGCAUCCUGUGGAGGAGGUUAUCAACUGACAUCUGCUGAAUGUUUUGAUCUCAGAAGCAACCGGGUAGUAGCAGAUCAAUACUGUUACUAUUAUCCUGAAAAUAUCAAGCCAAAGCCAAAACUUCAAGAGUGUAAUCUGGAUCCUUGUCCUGCAAGUGAUGGAUACAAGCAGAUCAUGCCCUAUGACCUCUACCAUCCCCUUCCUCGAUGGGAAAGUACACCCUGGACUGCCUGUUCCUCAUCCUGUGGAGGGGGCAUUCAAAGCCGCAGCAUCUCAUGUGUGGAAGAAGACAUUCAGGGGCAUAUCAGCCCCGUGGAAGAAUGGAAAUGCAUGUAUACUCCAAAGAUGCCUGUUGUCCAGCCUUGCAAUAUAUUUGACUGCCCAAAGUGGCUUGCUCAGGAAUGGUCUCCGUGCACUGUGACUUGUGGACAAGGACUCAGAUACCGUGUGGUCCUUUGCAUUGAUCAUAGGGGGAUGCAUACAGGAGGCUGUAGUCCUAAAACAAAGCCACACAUAAAAGAAGAAUGCAUCAUACCCACUCCUUGCUACAAACCCAAAGAGAAACUUCCUGUGGAAGCAAAGUUGCCGUGGUAUAAGCAGGCUCAAGAGCUGGAGGAAGGAGCAGUGGUGUCUGAAGAACCAUCGUUUAUUCCUGAGGCUUGGUCCACCUGUAGUGUCACUUGUGGAGUGGGCAGCCAGGUGCGGCUUGUGAAAUGUCAAGUGCUCCUCUCUUUCUCUCAGUCUGUGGCUGACUUGCCCAUCGAUGAAUGUGAAGGUCCCAAACCUGUGUCUCAGAGAGCCUGUUACAGUGGUCCCUGCAGUGGGGAGGCGACCGAAUAUACGCCAGAGGAAACUGAGCUGCUGUAUGGCAGCUUGCAGGAGUUUGAUGAGCUGUACGACUGGGAAUAUGAGGGCUUUACAGAGUGUUCAGAGUCCUGUGGAGGAGGUGUCCAGGAGGCUGUGGUGGCCUGCCUGAACAAACAAACCAGGGAGACUGCAGACGAGAUGUUAUGUGUUACCAGCCGCCGUCCUCCACAGCUGCUGAAAGCCUGUAGCCUGGACCCCUGCCCCCCAAG